AUGGCCGACUUCACUCGUUUAGCAUCUGCCAUAGCAAGCCUGUCGAGAGUCUGUAAGAUGAGGACCUUCUGUGAUGAAUCAGGAAAGGAGAGUUCAGUUGAUGAUAACUUGAAACACAUCGCAGCCGAAUUACAAUCAGAAAGCGAGUGGUUGUCCGAUAAGGCUUCUGAGCUUAGCCGCCAGGCUUGGGAAAUGUCAGGAGGCCAGGCAGGAGGGAGUUUUGAAGAUAAGCGAUUCGAUCAAGCGUUACGAGCAGCCGAAUCAGCGAGACGGGCUGCUGAGGCUGCGCGCCUUGCUGCUGGAUCAGUAAAAGCGGCUGCCAGAAGUCAGUGGGAGGGAGUCGGCGCUACCGCUCGUGCUGUUGUUGAGAGUGCUCGACACAAGGCUGCUCGAGCUAAGGAACGUCAAAGAGAAGCUCAGGUGAAUAUCGAUAUGGUCCAAAGAGUAUGGCGGAGGAUUGCUGAUUGUGGUAGGCUAGCAGCCACUUCACAUGGUUCAGAUAAGCCAAGACCACCACAAGAGGUUAUGGCCGAUUUUCUCGAUAUGUGUCGUUCACGACCGUUAGACAUGCCCAACUGGGACUCUAAUAAAUUCGGCCGUAAAGUGGUGGACAUCGACGUCGCUGCAGCUAUGAGCUCUCUUGCUUAUGCUGAGGCUGCUUAUGAUACUAUCAAUACUGGGGAGAUGACUCGGGAUGAGUUCGAGGAGGAGCAACUAGCGGAAAAUGAGAGACCGCCAAGUUCUAUCUUCAUAAUGUGUCCUGAUCUUACUAAGAUAUUUUAUAUGUCACCUGAGGGGAAGUUCGAAGUUACAGAUCCUUUGAAGCCUCGUUUUAUCGUUGCCCUUCGUAAUGAUGGUACAGUUGUUCUCGCCAUACGUGGUACUGCUACACUGGCUGAUGCUAUCACUGAUAUGCUCUGUGAUGAUGUUAAUGUAGUACAUAGUAAUGAUCAUGAUACUGGAUCGAAUAGUCUUCGUGUCCACAGAGGCAUAAACGCUGGCGCCGUGUGGGUGGUCCAGAAUGCUAUGCCGUACAUUAGAAAGGCUCUAUCUUCUGGAGCAAGCAAUGGACGUCUCCUUAUCACUGGUCACUCCCUAGGUGGUGGUGUUGCACUAGUGGCAGGCAUAUUAAUAGCACCAGAGUUGAGUCCUCGAGUAUGGGUAGAGUCGAUAGCCUUUGGUCCCCCUCCUGUUCUAUCUGAUACUCUACAAAGCCGUGGAUGGCGACGAUCUGGCUCCUUACCAUGGAAUCUAAGCUUGAAGUCUUAUGUCAAUGAUGGGGAUGUUAUCAGUCGAACUUGUAUGUAUUCUUUAGAAUAUCUAUUUGGUGGCUGGGGUGAGUCCACAAGCCAUCUAUUAGCUGAUUAUGAGUGGUCAACUCCUUUGGUUAUACCCGGUAAGGUGUAUGUGAUCGGUACAGAUCCCUCACAUCCUGGUAAGGCUAUCCUCACCAAUGGUAUGGAUCCUACACUUGGGGAGUCCUCUCUGGUUGACUUCUUCUGUGAGAUUGCUCGAGCUGAUCGUCCGAUGAUCCCCAAGGCUGGAUAUGCUCAUUUGAUCGAUAGCUAUAAGACAGCUUUAUUAGGGGAAGUAAGUUGAGUCCGUUGAGACUACUUGUUUCAC